GCGGCUUGGUCAGAGCUGCUGCUACUGCAGCAAGAGGUAGGGCUGAGGCGUUGAGAAUUUCAUGGACAGGCGGUCGCACAGAAAGACACACAGAAGUAGUGGUGUACACUAAGCCCUUGACAGCAAAUAGGUAACACUAGUGCAACGCAUCUGCUGAGACAGGAGAAGAUGGCCACUCUGAACCAUAGCAACUGUAAUUCAGAGUCACCAGCAGCCCUGGAGGAGGCGAAGACUUCUGCUGGUCUGCCGAGCCCCCAGAUAGCCCAUGAGCCUCGCGACUUUGAUGGUUCCCUGCUUCUGCCAUCGGGAAAGGAGCUACACUCAGAGGAUGAAGGUUUUGCUCCAGCUGGGGCUGGCUCAGGUUGUAACAAUAGGGGUUCUCGGACCCAGAGCCCACGGAGAUGUUCAGUGGAGGCGGUGCUGGCCCGAAAGAAGCACCGUAGGCGGCCAUCAAAGCGCAAGAGGCACUGGCGGCCGUACUUAGAACUGAGCUGGGCUGAGAAGCAGCAGCGAGAUGAGAGGCAGAGCCAGAGGGCCUCCCGUGUCCGUGAGGAGAUGUUCGCCAAAGGCCAGCCCCUGGCACCCUACAACACUACCCAGUUCCUCAUGAAUGACCGUGACCUGGAGGAGCCUAACUUGGAUGUGCUCCACGGGCUGUCCCACCCAGGCUCCUCCAGUGGGGAGAAUGAAGCAGGGGACAGUGAUGGGCAGGGCCGAGCUCACGGGGAAUUCCAGCAGAGGGACUUCUCUGAGGCCUACGAGCGGUACCACACUGAGAGCCUUCAGCGCCUCAGCAAGCAGGAGCUGGUGCGAGACUACCUGGAUUUAGAGAGGCGGCUAUCGCAGGCUGAGCAGGAAACUCGGAGGCUCCAGCAGCUGCAGGGGCGCCCUAGCAGGCAGCCCUGUCAACAGGUGGAAGAGCUGGCGGCCGAGGUGGAGAGACUCCGGACUGAAAACCAGAGGCUUCGGCAGGAGAACGAGAUGUGGAGCCGAGAUGGCAGCUGCUGUGACCAGAAGCCAGCCACAGAAGGGACCGGCGGUCCCCAGGAUGAGGCCCUAUUUCAUACCCACGUGGGCCAGCUGGGUCACAAGGAGGCAGGUGACAGAUGAAAGCUACUCCCUGCAUCCCUCCCUCCUUUGAGAACUGCUAAGGCAAGGUCAGGGUUUUCCUUGUCAUUUCCACGGUUGGGUCUUUGAUGUCAUCUUACUUUUUAAGAGGAA